UGCAUCCGUGCUUGCCGCUACAGCCCCGCCCUGCCCAGUGAUUACCGAGGCGGCAGCGGGAGGUGCCUGUCUGGGAACUGUCACCUGGCCACUGUGACACGCAGCGUCGCUAUCUCAGCUCGCCAGUGGCCAGUUCCCAGCGGCCUCACCUCCUCAAAUGUGGCGCUGCCCACGGUGAGGUCGACACUAAGCAGUCUGAACCGCCCCGGAGCCGACCUCCGCCCGUCGCCGCACCACAGAACCUCCGUCCGCCGAUAUGAAGGUGACUCUGCUGCUGGUGGCGCUGAUGGUGGCCUCUGCCGCGGCCGUGCCGGCGGCCUCCCAGCUCCAGGGCGUGCCGCCCAUCAUCGACGACCUGAUCGCGCUGCUCAUGUCCGUCAUCGAGCACAUCUACGAGUGGAUCGUGGCGCACCUGUUGGGCGGCCAGCCGGCGCCGCUGGGCCGCGCCGAGCUGCGCGCCGCGCUGGCGCAGCAGGCGCCGCAGCUGCUGGCGCGCCUGCAGCAGCAGCUGGCCGUCAGCCGCGCCCAGCUGGCCGAGCUGCUGCGCGAGGCCGAGCAGGCGCUGGCGCGCGGCCAGGCGCCGCCGCCGCAGCUGCUCGGAGCUGUCACCGGCCUCCUCGCCGACGCACUGGCCGCCUGAGCUGCUCUCGACUGCACCUGCCUCCUUUAAUGAUAUUUCGCCAUCGACUGCUGUUUCAACGUGUCCAAUAAAUUUAUAUAAACUUUCCCAAGCUA